CGGAUAACGGGCCGCAGCAGCAAAUACAAGCUCUUCUGCUUCCCAGGCCUUUAUUCCGGGUGCACCCCAUGCUCUGAGCCCCGCAGGACCUGCUGCCAACUGGCUGGACUCUGCAAGAUGGCUCCUGCACAAUGACAAGUCCCAGACGCAGCUGUAGGUGCCACCUACGCGACCCGAGGCUGCCAGUGAGCCUCAGCCCCUGGGACACGAAGCGGGGCUGGGCCAGAGGGGCGAUCCCAGAGGCGAUGUUUCCUUGACUCCCUGGACCCCAGACUUUCCUCACCCCUUUCCUCCCACGCCGGUCUCCCUGGCUUUUUGUCUUGCCCCCUCGUACAGCAGCGUCUGGAAGGGAAAGCAGACUGGCUGCGUCUCGCCUCCAGUCCCCGGGCGGGCGAGCACCGCUGCAGACCCCGCAGGCUGCAGAGCCGCCGCGCCCGGCGCGCGGGGGAGGCUGCGGGGCCGCGCUGCCCGCCCCCCGCGCCGCCGGGUCGGAGGCCCGCAGCCGCCAGCCCUCCCGGGAAGCCGGGGCCCGCCCGCGGGUCUGCGGGCCGCAGGGGUCCUGCGGGCGGAAGUGCGGAGCGCGGCGUGGGAGGAGGCGGCGCGGGCCGGGGCUGGGUCCGCUCCCGGCUGACGCGGCCCGGGACGGCCCGCGCGGGGACCGCCGCCUCCCCACGCCCGGCGCGCGCCCGCCGGCCCUUGUUUGGCGUUGAGCGCGCCCGGGAGGACAGGGUCGCCGCUCGGGGGCAGCGCGACGGAGCCCAGCGGCCGGGCCCGGGAGGAGGGGCUGCCCCAGCGGUGCCGCCGCCACCCAGAUCUGCCGGCCUCCUCCUCCUCCUCCUCCGGCGCCAGCCCCCGGCGCGCCCAGCCGGAACCCGGCGAGCGCGGGGCGGAGAGGCGAGCGCGCAGAGCUGGCGGGCCCCGCCGCGGCCCCCGCGGCCCCCGCCAUGUCGGCGGAGGAGAUGGUGCAGAUCCGCCUGGAGGACCGCUGCUACCCGGUGAGCAAGAGGAAGCUGAUCGAGCAGAGCGACUACUUCCGCGCCCUCUACCGCUCCGGCAUGCGCGAGGCCCUGCGCGCCGAGGCGGGCGGCCCCGAGGUGCAGCAGCUGCGCGGCCUGAGCGCCCCGGGCCUGCGCCUGGUGCUGGACUUCAUCAACGCCGGCGGCGCCCGCGAGGGCUGGCUCCUGGGCCCGCGGGGCGACCAGGGCGGGGGCGCGGCGGCCGAGGAGGAGGACCUGGACGAGGCGAGCCUGCUGUCCGAGCUGGUGGAGGCGGCCUCCUUCCUGCAGGUCACGUCCCUGCUGCAGCUGCUGCUGUCCCAGGUGCGGCUCACCAACUGCCUGGAGCUGUACCGCCUGGCGCAGGUGUACGGGCUGCCCGACCUGCAGGAGGCCUGCCUGCGCUUCAUGGUCGUCCACUUCCACGAGGUGCUGUGCCAGCCCCAGUUCCACCUCCUGGGCUCUCCUGCGCCAGCCCCCGGCGAUGGCAGCCUGAAGCAGAGGCUGAGGGAGGCCCGGAUGACGGGGACUCCGGUCCUCGUGGCCCUGGGGGACUUCUUGGGGGGACCCUUGGCCCCUCACCCCUACCAGGGGGAGCCUCCGUCCAUGCUCAGGUAUGAGGAGAUGACGGAACGUUGGUUCCCGCUGGCCAACAACCUUCCUCCCGACCUGGUGAACGUCCGGGGGUACGGGUCUGCCAUCCUGGACAACUACCUCUUCAUCGUGGGCGGGUACAGGAUCACCAGCCAGGAGAUCUCCGCUGCGCAUUCCUACAACCCCAGCACCAACGAGUGGCUCCAGGUGGCCUCCAUGAACCAGAAGAGGUCUAACUUCAAACUUGUGGCCGUUAAUUCAAAACUCUAUGCCAUUGGUGGGCAGGUCGUUUCUAAUGUUGAGUGUUACAAUCCUGAGCAGGAUGCGUGGAAUUUUGUGGCACCCUUACCCAAUCCUCUGGCUGAGUUCUCUGCGUGUGAGUGUAAGGGGAAAAUUUAUGUCAUUGGAGGAUAUACGACCAAAGACCGGAACAUGAACAUUCUGCAGUACUGCCCCUCCUCCGACAUCUGGACCCUCUUUGAAACAUGUGACGUCCACAUUCGCAAGCAGCAGAUGGUGUCGGUGGAGGAGACCAUCUACAUUGUGGGGGGGUGUCUCCACGAACUGGGGCCCAACCGGAGGAGCAGCCAGAGUGAGGACAUGCUCACCGUGCAGUCCUACAACACUGUCACCCGGCAGUGGCUCUACCUCAAGGAGAACACGUCCAAGUCGGGCCUUAACUUGACUUGCGCGCUGCAUAACGACGGCAUCUACAUCAUGAGCAGAGACGUGACCCUGUCGACCAGCUUGGAGCAUCGAGUUUUCCUCAAGUACAACAUCUUCGCAGAUAGUUGGGAAGCAUUUAGGCGUUUUCCGGCCUUUGGACAUAACUUGCUGGUUUCCUCUCUUUAUCUGCCCAAUAAAACGGAAACAUGACUGAAUCGACAUAGUAUUUACAAGAAGCCUGGUUCAAGACAAAAAUAAAACGUAGGGCCCCAUUUCCAAGGAGGCUGACUUCAUAGGUCACAUAUACAACAGCUGUAAAUAAGCUUACUUGAACUAAUUACUUGAAAACUUGUGGAGAAAAGAGACCAACAUUAUUAUUUUUUUAAUUAUUGGUUUUUAAAUUAUGGGAGCAAAUCCAUGAUCAUGUUUUCAUCCAGCUAUGAUAACCUUGGGCCAAUGACAAAAGCUGAUCAUUGAAAAGAAGAUUCAUUGUGUCUGCUUAGUAAAGGGCCAAAGUCAGUAAUUGGCGCGAAUGGUAGAGAUGAUUUUAAAAUCUGUUUUAUUUCGGUCACUUGAAAUAUCCUAAUACCUUAAGUGAAAGUGUUUUUUUUGGUUAUUAAUUUACUUGACAAACAUUUGUAUUAACACUAUUGUCUCCACCUUUCCCCCAGUUAUAACCACAUAUACUGUGUUCAGGUAUCAUUUGCACACUACCUUCUAGGAAACAUACAAUGAUGGAACCCUACAGUGAAGCCUUGCAAGCAUCCAGUCCUCCCCAAAACUUGCAUAAAAACUUCCUCAGCGAUUUUUCCAGUCUUUUUUGCAAUUACAAAUGCUGAGUAAAUAGGCAGAUAUAACUACUUUUUUCAUUUAUGUGGCAAGUAGCAGAUAGAUGUGGCCAGAGAAGUUGCAUUGCUUAUUUAAUAGAGAAUAUAUUGUUUAGAAGGAUGCAUUCAUAUGUAUUUUAAAGUGGAGUCUUAAAUUCAGAGGGGAAGAAAAGGAAACACCAAAUAAGAAAAAAAAAUCACCUUUUAAGAGUUACUUUUAGUAAAUGUAUUUGACUUAGUUCUUUUUUUUUUAAGACUGAAAAAAUAACCUUAUAUUUAGACCAAGCAUCUUUCUAACUUAAUUUUUGCCUUUUAAUUCACGCUUUGCUUUGGUGAGGUAGGGUGAGGAAAGCUGUGAACGGCUUGCGCUGGAGAGGGGACGAGGCUCUGAUAGAAGUGGAGUGGCAUCUGGUGCUAUUUCUGAAGUUAGGUAAGGAGCUCUACUUGAUUGUUAAAUCCAACGGAGCCCAGUUCAAGCACUUGCAUGUUUUCAGUAAGUCAGUUAACAGUGGAUAAAAGCUUCUGCCCAUCAUAGAUCAGCAUUUCUUACAAAACACACAUAUUUACAGGAAUUUUGUUUUGAUUGAAAAACACUUUCUGAACUUCUCUGAUGUUUUGUAACGGAAUCAGGUCAGCUGUGCUCUGGAUUCCAUCCUAACAUUCCUGCUACAGUGCGCCUCACUUCAGGAGAGCCCCGCAGCAAAGCAGACAGGGUUACGGCACGCUCAUCACGGCAGCCGCUUCCCACGUGCCUCCAGGUGCGUGCCCUGUGUAGACGGGGUCUAGGGGCGCUACUGCUUCAAAGUUCAUGUGUUUCAGGGCUCACUCCAGGGUAUCUACAAUCGUGGCCUCCUGGCAUAUUUAAAAGGAGGGUCUGGCUGUAAAAACUUCAUUUGCACAACUUUUCAGGAACACUGCUAGGUAAAAUGAGGUAAGCCUUUAUUGUGGCCAUGGAGACAGACCUUUGUAUCUUGUCACCAACUAAUCCUACCAGUACUCAGAAAUAUGGUUCAGGGUUUCUAAGUCAUAUCCAUUUAUUCUCAAAUUCUUAGCCCUUUUUUUUUAGACUUUGCGCUGAAAUGUUCCUGGGAAUGGUACUUUAACAAUAGGUUCAUAUUACUUUAUAUUCAUUAUAGAAUUGAAUUUCUAGUGACCUAUAAUUUCAUUACAUGUAUUUAAAAAUAUAAUUUAUUUUAGAUAGUGUUAACUUCUGUUGCUACAGAGCUUAACUUUUUAAGGCUUGACAUUAUAUAUUUAGAAGAUUCUGGCCAGUUGAAUUAGUUCUGGACAAGCAAUUGGAUACUAGCUUAUAAAUAUUAUAUAAAAUGCAAUGUUAAUCCUGCCAACCAGUUCUCUUCCUGAUUACAUUCUUUGGGUCCAUUUUCCUAAUGCCAACAACUAGAUUCUUGGCCCAAGUGAAGGCAUACCCUGAUCCACAAAGCUCUUUUUAUAAAUCAGGUGUGCUGUGUGUGUACAUGUGCAUAUACCUGUGUGCGUGUGUGUGUGUGUGUGUACACAUGUAUAGGCUGGUAUAUUAUAACUCUGAGAUAUGCAGACUUUUAAAAAGGUUUUGUUGCUCUCGGCUGCCAGCAGUGUGGGGCAAGGUGGAAUGUCCAAUAGAAACCGACCAGUGGAUUUGGGACAUCCUCCUUCCUGCGGUACACAUGAGCUGUGUUGACAUUUUGAGGGUCAUUUUAAUUUAGCUCUGUUCCCAUGUUGGUGCCAUGUUCCAGUGAAGACUACCUAUGUGAAAAGUGAAGUUGCUUUGAAAAUCUCCCCUCACCUCCAGGAUUUUGCUUUUUGAUACGAUCCCUCUGUUUUCUUUCUUUCUCUAAAGGUGUUUUCUUUUCUGAGAUGCCUUUUGUGGGGUGCUCACCUCCCAUUAUGGGAGAGGGUUCCUGGGGGGAUCCCCAUGGUGGCCAUCCUGCCAGAAGCACCCUCGUUCACUGAGAAUGGUCUGAAUGGCAGAGAGUGAGCCCUGAGCGUGGAUUGGCAGAGGGGCAUUACUGGUUCUUUCUGUCAUUCUUUCUGGCUGUCUUUUCAACAUUUGUAGUUUCAGAGGCUUCUCCCUUUCGUGUUCUUUGAAAGUUUUUUGGAUGAAUGGGUAAGAGUUGAUUAUUUCAACUAUUAGUUAAGUCAUAACCAUGAAGUACUUAGAAGGUGAUGGAUACUAGUAGUUAACAAGCAGAUUAAGAUGACGCCUGAAUACCAAAGAGAGUUAAACUCUGCCAUUUAUUUUGGAAUCCAUAUCUCAAGUAAUUCCAAAUGCCUUAGAUACCAAUUAAAGUCAUGCUGAGAUAGACAAAUCUCAAGCAAAUGAUCAAGAAAAUGCUUGUUCUCUUUCAGUAAACGCUCUCACUGAGCACUGUGGAUGCCGUGCUUUCAAGGUUCCAGGUAAAAGCGUGACUCUGCUUCUUGGCAGCACAGGUAGUUGGAGGGGAAAGGCCUUGGCCUUCCUGGUCUGCCAGCGUGCAGUGAGUAGUGGCUUAAAGCAGAGCAUUCGAGAGGCAGCAUAGCCACAGAACGGUAACAUGGGUGAGCGUGGCAUUCCUUCCAGCUGGGGGUGGGGCACAUCUGUGCCCUCCUUCUUUCAAGGUGGCUUUCCGAGCGAGCGGCACUCCUUUCCUCGGUGCCAGGACUGGGCUGUAGAAUCCAUGUCAUCAACACGUCUAGGCAUCCAUGCCGUCCGUCAGGGAGGUGAAGUCUGUCGUCCCCGCCUUAGAGGACUCACUGAAUGAGGUGAGUAGAUAGUUCCCAAAAUGGCUUUGAAAGCAAGGAGGCAAUUGAGCCCAGUUCCCAGAAAUGUGUACGGUGUGUCUGUCAUGUGCAAGACAAUGCUAAGAACCGGGGGUACAGAUUUCAAUGUGCCACCAUCUCUGACCUUGAAGAGCCUACCACCUUGUGAAAAUGGCCACCGUAAUCAUAAUGAUAGAGUGCCCCUCAAAGAUGCCCACUUGUGUCAGACACACAGGGCCUCUGGCUUGGCUGCCUCUUCAGUCCUGGUCCAAUCUGUCCAUUAGUGAGUUACUAACAGCCAUGAAACAGCUUUUCUGUAAGUUUGAUCAUCACGCUUUUGUUUUUGAUGGUAUGCUUUUUUCCCUCACUACGUUCCAUAGUCUUUUCUGUACUUCAUUUAUUUUGGGGGAAAAAGUUAUGUGAUCUUUAUUUAAAAGCUAGAGGACCAGUGCACUCAAGGAGGGGAGUCCCUCAGCUCGGCCUGCACCCUUUAGCAGUCUGGGAGCCCUCAGGGGAUGUCCGAUUGACAGCUUAGGCCCGCUCCUGUGGGGAGCAGGCCUGAGCGGUCAGUCGGACAUCCUUAGCACUGCUGCGGAGGUGGGAGAGGCUCCUGCCACUGUCACUGCACUGACCAGCUGUCAACCCAGUGUGGGAGUGCACUAACCACCAGGGGGCAGACGCUCCUGCAUUGAGCGUCUGCCCCCUGGUGGUCAGUGCGCAUCAUAGUGACUGGUCAUUCUGCUAUUUGGUUGAUUUCCAUAAAACCCUUUUAUUAUAUGGGAUGCUUACUAGGCACCACAGCCCACGUAGCUAAGAGCUCAGCAGCUUGAGCCCUUGAAAUGGAGGAGCAAUGCUAGGGAAGUGGGUAUAUAGAGAGAGGAAGCUAUUUGCAUGUGCAUUUAUACCUAUGCCUUUAAAACACUUCCAUAACAAGUAUUAAUAAAGAAACUAUCCUUAAGACACUAGUGCUGACUAAAAGUCAGUUGAUUUUGCCUUUGUGCUAACUAUCUAAGGGUAUUUUCCAUCUGUAUGUUUCAUUCACAUAAGAGUGUGUGUUUUUCAUUUUCUUGUGUUCACUUUGGAGCAUGGUAUAAAAUACACACCCAUUGACACAGGCACUUGAUAAAACCAUUUUCAUUCAUUCCUACAGGAGACAGAUGAAUUGUAAAGGAUUGUCAAUUCUGAGGAGCAAAAGUGUGCAGUCAUUACUGUGGUAGGAUUGACUGGUGCUUUCUCAAAAUGGAUGUCAUAGUUUGUUUCUAGUAAAGAAAUGGAAAAUGUAAUUUGUGUUAUUGUGUCAUUUUUCUAUAAAAAAAAUGAGGGGGCUCCUUAGAUGUCUAUACAAUGUUUUCAUAUCCAGUGGUCAUGUUGGGGAAAAUGAUAAUCUGUAGAGUGAAUAGCUAUGUUUUGUUAUGACUGAUACUUUGUUAUAAAGGUUGUAUUGAGUCUUCAAUUUCAAGUGUGGCUUCCCGUGUAAACAUUAUCAUAUGGUUCAUUUAAAUGCAAUGAUGCCUAUGAGAGCACUUGCCCCAACAGCAUUCAUUUUGUGUUUAGAACUCUAGGAGAAAAUCUCUUCAAUAAAGUAGUUCUCAAUCA